AUUCUCAUAUUCACUAUAGCCUCUGACGAUAAAGUUUGGCUCUUUGCUAUCGGGGACUAUGACAACAGAUUGGAAUACUUGGAUCCUGUGUCAAACCAGUUGAAAGGUUACAACGCAGACAUUAUCGAUGCAGUUUGUGAUAUCGCAAAUAAGAAUUGUGAAUUGGUCUGGGAUGUGUACAGCAACUGUUGGGAGAGCCCUGCUAAUGAGAGAGCCAGAGGGGGAGUUGGUUUGAUGGCAAACUGGUACACCGCCUGCACAGGAUGGAUACAAACUUAUGAACGUCUCCUCACCUUCGGUUUCACACGACCCUUUUCACAGAAGGGAAAGGUCGCCCUCUAUGCCGCGAGUGGAAGCAGUCAGGAUUACUCCGAUCUCUCGGGGCUCAGAGUUGGUUUUCUAGCAACGUGGUUUUCUGACGCCCCUUGCCUAGCUCGCUACACGACUGAUCCGUCUUAUCCAAUUGCGGGUGCUGAUUUACCAUCGGAUAGUCAAAAGAUCACGUACGAUACCGCUGAAGAUCUCAUUGCUGCCGUGCAGAAUGGGGAUGUGGAUGUUGCUUUCAGUGUCCGCCGGCCCCAACUCGACGAUGCCCUGGAAACUAUUUCUCCCGCGGAUUUCCCAAAUAACUGUGAAGCGGCCGGUGGAAGCAUGAUGACUUCGAAGUCGAACCAGGAAUUCAUCCGCUGGUGGGACGACGCUCUCAGUAGACUCGUUGGGACCAGCCGUUACGACACGAUUUGUCAAAAUAUCGUUAACGAGCACGGAGACAUUCCCGGUUCUACUGCCACAGACAUCUGUAUUGGUUACUAAAUAAGCAAUCAUCUCGUACACCAUGAUCGAGCAAGUGACAUUCCAGAGGUCCUCCUUACAUAGCAACAACAUAAUAUUUAUUUUUUUCAAAUACAUUUUGAUGAUGUCAUUUAGAAGAGAUCGGUGUUGAACAUGCCAAUGUCAAGAAGCCAAGAUUUUGGGCUCGUGGAAUCGCCUUGAUUGAAAAACGGAAAUAGUUCGAUAUUAACAUGAAUAAGGUAAAAGAGGUUAAAAAAAUGGAACACAAUGGUCGGCCUAAAUUGGCCCAGUUUUGGAAUUCAACGGAAAUUUAUAUUGCUCCUCCACCCAUCCCAGCCCUGUCAAUUUUCCAAAAAGCAGUAGAGAAAAUCGUAAUACCAAGUCUUUUAUAAUUAUGCCAGAUUUGUUUUGAAAUUAAUCAAUUAUUCAAAUUCAUUUGUAUUGACCCUCUACUCGCUCUGUUCGCACGCUCGCCAUUUUUCCAAUGCAUUAUCAUAAUUAUGCUCGAUAUUCUCAGUUUUGAUCCAUCACCUGAAUUGUAGUUUCAGAUGCAUUAUGAUGAUGUUCAUGUAUUUUUAAAUGUAAAUUUUUGAAAAUUUUAAUUACAUAUUUUUUUAAGUAUACAAUCAGUAGAUCGCAAAUACUUGAGUAGAAAGAGAUUUUUGUUAUGAGCAAAAAUGUGAAUUUAGUAGGUUUAAAGAUAAAGUGCAUGGCGUGGUAUGAAGUCAAUGGUUCUGU